AUCAUGAGGAAGUUUUUGGGUUGUCGCUCUUUGAUGACGUCGUUAGCCACGGCCGUUGUUUUCAUUGUUGAAAUGUGCGAAGAGGAUUUUUAAUUUUUACCUAACAAAAAGUAGCUAUAAUGGCGGACUAUUGGAAAUCACAACCGAGGAAAUUCUGUCAGUACUGCAAGUGCUGGAUUGCAGACAACAAGCCUAGCGUCGAAUUCCACGAAAGAGGGAAGAAUCACAAAGAAAAUGUGGCUGCCAAAAUUUCAGAGAUUAAAAAGAAGAGCAUUGAAAAGCAAAAGCAGGAGGAACGUAUGUCCAAAGACUUUGCAAAGAUGGAGGAAGCUGCAAUGAAGGCAUAUGAAGAAGAUCUGAAGAGGAUGGCAGGAGGUUCCUAUACCCCACCUCCAGCCAAAACAACCUCAAGGCCACAUCCUCAGGUAAGACCGCAGCCUAAAGUACAGCAGAAGAAAGGAGAGAAACAAAGAAAGAAACCUGCACAUCAACCAAAAAUGCAGGUUUGGGUUGAAGGACAAGCAGAGGAUGGAACCACAUAUUAUUACAACACAGUCACUGGAGAAUCCCGGUGGGAAAAUCCAGGAUUUCAAGGAGCAGUUUCAUCCUCUGCAUAUCCUGGACAAACAGAGAACUAUUCUAGUUCUCCUUGGAUGGAGGCAGUCAGUCCUGAAGGAUAUACAUAUUACUACAACACAGAGACUGGAGAAUCCAGCUGGGAGAAGCCGCCAGGGUUCCCCAACACUGAGGCCUCAGAGUCUGGAUCCAACAAAGAGGGAAAGAACGAAGAGAGUCCGGAAGAGUCUUCAACUUCUCAAGCUGAACCAACUCCAGAAGUAGAAGAAAAACAAAAAGAGGACAGCGAGAGCUCUAAUGAAGCCAAGGAACCGUCCAAGGAAGCAGAGGCUCCUGAUCAAGCCAGUCAGCAGCAGCCUAAAAUCCCCAAAAUCAGCUUCAGGAAAAGGAAAUCAGAAGCAAAAACAGAUGAAGAAAAAGCUGAGCCUGAAGAGAAGGCUCCAGAUGUGAAAAAGGAAGAGGAGCCAAGAACAGCAGCUGAACCUGAAGAGAAGAAAACAGAGGUGAAGAAGAAGGAACAGGUGACACAAGCCAAAAGACAGAAAACCGCGAAUCCAUAUGGAGCCUGGGAACAGAUCCGACAAGAGGAAGAUCCAUAUGCCAAAGUAGACCUGCAGUUGCCCCAAGUGGACGAAGGUGCAGCGAGCGUCUCCACUGUUGUCGACCUACCACCAGAGCCAAGGUUCAAGUUCAAGGAGCGCAUCAUCACCUCCCUCGGAGAUGACAGCGGCCCUGCUUUGUUCAGGAAAAACAAGACACAGAAUGGCAAAUCAAGAAGCCUCCGACAGAGAGAUGACGACGACUGAUGCUAACACAGUAGUUUCAAGGACAAAAGAUUUUUUUAUCACAGACAAAAGUAACAUGUUGUCAAACAGGUAAUUAGUAUAUUUCAACCCCAAAAUGCAAUCUGAAAGACAUUCUCAUUGUUCGCACCAACGUUAUUGUCAGAACCAUCUUUAUAUUUAUAAAUCAUGGAAAAUUCUGUCUUCACUAUAUCUGAUAAGUGCAGAUGCUUCAGCACAGCAGUUCAGCAGCUUCUCCAGGUUUUCAUCAGUUUUUCUUUAUAUCAUUGUUUAAUAUCAGAGGAAUCUGAAAAAAUGUGUUUUUUUAAAAUAUUUAACCAUAAAACAGGCAAUUAAGUUUUUAUAUUUUAGGUUGGAAGGAUUAUCCAAAUAAAACUUGUCAGAUACAAAAAAUAUCCUGUUUGCAGAGUUUGGUUUUGUUAUAAUAAUCUAGGUGUGUUGAGGUAGCACAGAAAAUUAUUUUGUUCCUGAAGCUCCUAAAAGCAGUCAGUGUUCCUCAGGAAUGAGUAUGAUCCCUGGUUCCAAAACCUUUCUUGCAGCACCCCCUUUCGUUAACAGGGCUACUGUUGAAACAUUCAAAGCUACUGCUUCAAAACUCCACUUAACCUUAUUUAAAAUACCAAUAUUCCUAAAAACAUUAUCAAUGAAAAAGGAAACAAAAUUAUAAUCUAAUAAUUUUCCCCCACUGUGACA